AUGAGUAAAACCGAUAUUAAUGAAAAAUCGGCCAUCAUCGCACAGGAAAUCAAAUUUGCCCGAGCACUUGCCGGUAACGAUCCUACACUGCGCCGCCGGGUGUUGAAAAAUCUGAAGACCUGGCUUACGACACGCAGCCAAAGCACAUUCGGUAAGGCUACGGGAACUAGGGGUUUGUUCUACUGCAUGUGGAUGUCGGACAAACCGUUGGUGCAGGAAGAGCUGGCCGAGUCGCUUGGUUCGCUUGUGCGGUGCUUCGACCACGACGUGCCGGUAGCGUUGCAGUUCUACAAGGCUUUUCUCAUUACGAUGGGCAACGAGUGGUUCGGAAUUGAUCGCUGGCGGAUGGAUAAGUUCAUGAUGCUUGUUCGUCGAGUUACGCGCCAGGCACUGUUCGCGCUGCAUGAAAGCAACUGGCAGAAGGAACAUGUGGCAUUGUUUAAUCAAACCAUCGACGAAACCAUCAUGAAUCGGGACGUUGCCUCGUUCGGUUUGAUGAACCAUUUCAACGAUCUGUUCCUGAACGAGCUGGCCAAGGUGACGGAUGGAAAUAUUUCGAAGGAGACGGUAAAACAGAUAAUGGAAGUGUUUGUUCAAGCGAUUCUUAAGACGGACGAUGGAACGGUUAGUGCUUCGAUCAAGAAAAACAUUUUCCACGCCCUCAUGCAACAGUCCGACCUGGGGCAGGAGUUUGAGGAAAAGUUUGAAAUGUGGAAAAGCGCCAACUUCGUGACGGGCAAUAUUGACAAUGUAGAAUUUAUGGUGGAUGAUGGCGGCGAAGAAGGUGAGACGGCAGACGGGGAGGAUCUCCGUGAAAAUGGACAACAAAACGAAGGUACUGAAGAAGAAGAAGAAGCUCAGCCCGAACAGGAGGAAACAGAGGACAAAAAUGAAGCAGGCGGCGAGGGUACGGAAAAGGUGUUUGAUCCUCGUGCCGGACGGGUAAAUGUGGAUAUACCUCAGAUUGAGUUUGACCCGCAAGACAUUAUCGAGCUGGUCGAAACGUACCGCUACAAAUCGUACGUCAACUCCAAGGGCAAGAAGCGAGCGAUCCAGCUGGUGAAACAGUUUACCAAGUUUGCCGACGGUGUGUACCCGAUCGGUGUGAAGCGUGUGCCAAGCAUCAACCCGAAGGAUUACGCAGUAGACAUUGACGAGCAGGUGGAGGAGUUGGAAAACUAUCGCUCGAAGCUGGUCGGCGAGAAGCGCAAAAGUCUACGAGAGCUCAAGAAGGAGCGUAAGAUGAAGCAGAAAUUGGAGCGCUUACAGAGGGAGGCACAGCAGGAGCCGAAAGGCACGGAAGGGGAAAAUGGCGCGAUGGAGGUGGAUGAUGCUGAUGCAGGACCAGCAAGUGACUCAAAGGCAGAAUCAGACUCAACAAACGACGCAUCGGAACAGAAUAAAACGAAGCGAAAAAGAAGAAACAAAGUAGCACCGGAAAAGGCAAGAAAACAAGCAAAACUUGAAUUGUUGGAGCGUAAAAGGGCGGAAAAAAUGAACGCCCUAAAGGAACGAUUGAAGAGCAAGAAGAAAAGCUCUGCCCAGAUAGACGAAACGGAUGUUGUUCCACAACUGGUGCCGAUUGAAGACACCAGCAGCAGCAUUCCGGCACCAACUGUUGCCAUUAAAGAGAAGAAAGCAAAACCGAUCCCAGCAGAAGGUAGCACAGAAAAAGCGCCCAAAAAGAAUGAAGAAAAGACCCCCAUCAAGAAGAAGCAACAGCAACAGGGAGAGGAUGAAAAAUCUACCCCAAACAGUAAACCCUUCAAAACGGUGGACGAAUGGUCAGAACCGUUGCAAGAAGGCGAGGAAGAAUAUUUCAUUCCAUCGCGCAAGAUGAAACUGCUCGCCACGAAACAGCAACAGGACGACCAACCGCAGGCAAAGCUUUCCAAACCGAGCCUCAAACGACAGACGACACCAGCCAAGGGAGCGCACGUUGAAGCGAACGAAGAAGAAACGUUAACACCGACCCGGAAACGGGUAAAGAUUGCACUGAGUAAAAAUGUUGCCCAGGAUCUGGUGGAGCACAUCAAGCAGGUGAAGCGUUCGCCCCAGGUACCGUUCGAUUCUAGCAGAAAGCCUGCCAAGAGUCUGCUGAAGCCGAACCUUAUACCCAGUCCGAUUAAUCCGUUCUACAAGAAAAAGAUUGGUUUGCAGUAG